UCAUGUGCCUGCUCUCCCCUCUCCCCCCCAACCCGGUUUUUUGCAAGCUGGGAUGAAUGCACCUCAGAUGUUGUUUCUGCUGCUAUGAUGUUGGUGGCUUGAGAGCCCCCCCGGUUCAAAGCGAACCGGAGGCGCUGGCAUUGACAAGCGGGUCAGUUUCACGCUCUUGCUGCCCACGCGUUUGGUUCCCCUCGGUAAGCCCCGCGCCGAGCCACCUCCUCCCCGCUGCAGGGGGUACAAGCGAGGGGCUCCAUCAUGGGGUCCAGGCUGAGCAGACAAAGCAGCCUGGAGGAGGAGAGCGCCUCUGGAGAAGUCUCGUGCCCCAGGUUAGCUAGGAAGGAGCCGCACAGGAGGGUGGAGACUAACCGAGGGGACUUUCAGUUCGCUUCCCUGAUCCUGAACUCCGAGAAGCUGUCCAGGAAAAACCACCCGGCGCCCUACGUGAGGAGGGUGGGAUGGAUCCGAGAGAUCCAGGCGACCAUCCGGGAACACAAGAGAGAGCACGCGGUCCGCAUUCUCAGAUUGCUCAGAAAGGACCUGGGAUUGGAAGGUACGUGCCUCAGUGAAGUGCUCUACAAGAAUGCUACUUUCCUCAACUUGGUGGACCCCAUUUCCCACGACCUACUGAUGAACCUCGCUAGAGAUCUGCAGUGCCCCAAAAAGGAAUACGACCCCUGGAAGUCCGCGGACAGGAUCUGCAGGCAGCUGAUUUACCACUUGAGCCCUCAUUCCACGUGGCAUAGGCACGGCAUGCCCCGCAGGAAGUCCCAAGCAUGCAAGUCAGAUGGGCCCGGAAGAUCAUUAACAAGCCCUGCCAUGGAGAGAACUGGGAGCAUCUGCCAGCCUGAAGACCAGCCUGCAGAAGAAGCUGAGCCAGGACUCCAUGGAUUUAUCAGGGAUUCCCCUGACCAUGCGGGAUGUCCACCGCAUGGCCUAUUACCUACAGAACAACGGGAACAACCUCACUGCGGUGGACCUGAGCUUUACCGAGAUGACCGACGACAUGGUGCGCCUGCUCCUGCCCUUCUUCUGGGCGCUGCCCAAUCUCACGCACCUUUCCCUCAACGGCAACCGGCUGACCCGAGCCACCACGAAGGAGCUGACGGACACCAUGAAGGACAUGAACAAGUUCCCGUGCUUGGCCUGGAUAGACCUCGGCAACAAUGUGGACGUCUCCUCCAUGCCACAGCCUUUGCUGGUGGGCCUGCGCAAGCGCCUCAGCCAGCAGACCACGCUGCCCACCAUCUACGAGUCUCUCGACUGCGACGCCGAGCUGUCCGGUGGACACGAGGCCAGCUGCCAGGAGGAGGAGGGGUGUGUGGCUGAAGACAAGGACACCCCAUGUGACUUCCCCCAACAGUGCUGCGAAAGGUGAUUCAGCAGCAGACCUUAGCUGUCGGACUGAUGCCGUGGCAAGGAGAGCUCGGAGUACAAACGCAAUGCAGAAGGCCAGCUUCACCGGCUUCCUUUGGCGCUUCUCUUGCCUUCACUGACAUCCCAGACUUGCCGUGUUCUCAGUGAAAGUCUGCCUCCCCCUCCCACACUGCCAAACCUAUCACCCCCAUUCCAAACAGGAAGCAGAUACUCACAGCGAACCUGGCCUCGGAGCAGGAUCUCAUUGGAAGAUGGGAACUGAGCUGUAGGACUCGGCAUAUUCCCCAGAGGCUAUUGAGGGGAGUGGUGGGGGAGGAAAAACCUAAACAAAAAGCAAUGUCUCCUCCUAGGUUAUUUCCUUUCUUCCUUUUCCUCUUUGUCCUGUCAUUGUUGGGGCCUGAGACCUGAAGUUGUGAGGUGGGAGCUGCCCCAAGGGUCGAGGGUCUGUCGGGCUUUGUUGAGUGCAUCAGAGACUGGAGUCAGAGCCCAGCAGAGCGUGUCUUCCCCUUGAGCCUGGCUCAAUAUGUUUUUUUCAUUGUGUGAUUUGUAUUAAUGUCCAAACAAAGGGAAUUGCAAUCAGAGGCCCAACAGAGUGUGCAGGCCGGGGAGGACACGUGACAUGGAAUUGCAGUGUCAGGAUAUUUAGGGGCAGGGUAUGUGUGUUCAU